AGUCGUCCAGUAGAGUCGUCGAGUUGUAGCAGUCUUGUUGAUUUCACCGCCUCCGGUCUAUCAGUGCAACAAGGCAGUCCACCGUGCUACUGACACGGUCCCUGUACACAGAAAAUGCACGGAAAGUGACUCCAGAGGCCGGCAGGACUGUCCGGACAUUGACACUGGUUUCAUUGGAGGUUUUCUGACCGACAAUACCCGAGUCUCCUGCUCCGUAUCCGCAGCAUUAGGCCUCAUGGAGCUGGGGACUCGACGCCUGCUGUGCACAAGGGAGCUUGAUCCUUGCUCGGUUCCCAGCAAACGACCAUAAAGGGUGGGAACCUUAAUUACCCUUCAGUUCCUUUUUCCAUCCCUCCCCCUAAAUUGCCCCUGUGGUGAUAUUGUCCUCCCCCCAUCUGUGGCUUGCAACAUGAUUGGCAAGCUGAAACAGAAUUUGCUGGUGGCGUGUCUGGUUAUCAGCUCGGUCACAGUCUUCUACUUGGGCCGCCAUGCCAUGGAAUGCCACCAUCGCAUUGAGGAACGCAGCCAACCGGGUGGGAUCCUGCCUCUUUCGGCACUAGGAGGCAGCAUGCGCACCACCUUACGGACAGGCCAGAAUCUCAGUACGCCUUUUGUUUAUAACAAGGACAUGCCACUCAUUUUUAUUGGCGGAGUGCCCCGCAGUGGGACCACGCUAAUGCGAGCUAUGCUGGACGCUCACCCUGAGGUACGAUGUGGUGAAGAAACCCGCGUCAUCCCACGUAUCCUGGCCAUGAAGCAGAUGUGGAGCCGCUCCGGCCGUGAGAAGAUGCGUCUGGAUGAAGCUGGUGUGACGGAUGAGGUGCUGGACGCCGCCAUGCAGGCCUUCCUGCUGGAAAUCAUUGUCAAACAUGGAGAGCCCGCCAAUUUUCUUUGCAACAAGGACCCUUUUGCACUGAAGUCCCUUUCCUACCUGGCCAAAAUAUUUCCCCGUGCCAAGUUUGUACUCAUGAUUCGUGAUGGCCGGGCUUCAGUUCACUCCAUGAUCUCACGGAAGGUGACCAUCGCUGGCUUUGACCUAGGCAGCUACCGUGACUGCCUGACCAAGUGGAAUCGGGCCAUAGAGACCAUGUAUACUCAGUGUCUAGAGGCAGCCGACAAAUGCCUACCUGUGCACUAUGAACAGUUGGUCCUUCAUCCUGAGAAAUGGAUGAGGACACUGUUGAAAUUCCUUGACGUUCCUUGGAAUGAUGCUGUCCUCCACCAUGAGGAGCUCAUUGGGAAAGCUGGAGGAGUGUCCCUCUCCAAGGUGGAGAGGUCCACAGACCAGGUAAUCAAGCCUGUCAAUGUGGAGGCCUUGUCCAAAUGGGUGGGGAAGAUUCCUGCUGACGUGGUAAGGGACAUGGCCGUCAUCGCCCCCAUGCUGUCCAGACUGGGCUACGACCCCCAUGCCAACCCUCCCAACUACGGCCGGCCUGACCCCAAAGUGCUGGACAACACCAGGAGGGUCUUUAAAGGUGAAUUUCAGCUACCAGAUUUCCUAAAAGAACAGUCACAGAUUCAGAAGUCUGCAGAGAGACCCAACCCCAGUUAGGAGGAGAGGGGCUGCUAUCCCCGCGACACAGGACUCGGGGCAGCAGAACAGAAAAUCAUCAUCCCCCCCCCCAUCUCACCAUCUGUGUUGGGCCUUGGCACCUUUCAGUGGUCACAUGACCACAGCAGAACAGUCUUCUCAGCAGAGUUAGCCCCUGCUCCUAUGGGCUGCUGCCACUCCUUGUCUACAGAGAGCUCUUGGCCUUCAGUGUUGUACUGUAUAAAAGAAAUGACACUUCACAUCCACAGAAUGUCUGCUGAUUGUUAUUUUUCGUGUCACAUCACGCUCAUUGAUUUUUAGAAACUAUUUCUGGCUAUUUAGAAAACAACUCUGUGAUUCUGUUGUAAGAAACUACAGUGAACUGAAAUCACAAGUAUUUAUGAAUGGAAAAUUAGCUUUUGGAAGAUGCAAUACCUAUUUUAAUGUUACGUUUUUUUUUUCAUGCCUUUGUAUUGUGCAAUGUCAUGGGUACUGAUCAGUUUGAAGUAUCUACCGUGAUAAACAGUGCUUUUUUUACAA